CUGAGACUGAUAGAAAUUAGAACGCCGGAACGGCCGACUCGACGUACGUCUCCGUCGCCAGUUUCAGCGCCGCUCCAUCCCAACCGCCUACCGCCGUUCGUUCCGCGAGGAGAAACUAGAAGCCAUUGCUAUGGAAGAAGAAAUCAAAUUCAGCUCCAGUUCAUCGCAAGAGAAGCCGCAGAAACUCGCGGUUUCGCUGCCCAACAACGUCGACAAGAAAGGAAAGAAGAAGCCAUUGAUGACCAUUGAAGGGUACCCUGUUGAGGGAUUGUCGAUUGCUGGCCUCGAAACCUGCAUAAUCUUCCCUUCACUUGAUUUGGCUUUCGAUAUUGGUCGGUGCCCGCAACGAGCAGUUUCUCAGAACUUCGUCUUCAUCUCCCAUGCUCACAUGGAUCACAUAGGAGGGUUGCCCAUGUAUGUUGCCACCCGUGGCUUAAACCGCAUGAAGCCUCCAACGAUCAUUGUGCCAACGAGCAUCAAGCCAACCGUUGAACAACUUUUUGAGGUGCAUCGGCAGUUAGAUGGAUCAGAGCUGCGGCAUGUUCUUAUUGGUUUGGAUAUAGGGGAAGAGAUUUCCAUUAGAAGGGACCUUAAAGUAAAAGCAUUUAAGACACACCAUACAAUAAAGAGCCAGGGUUAUGUUGUUUACCAAGUGAAAGAAAAACUUAAGCAAGAGUAUCAUGGGCUAUCCAUCAGAGAAAUGAAAAACUUGAAAUUAUCAGGUGUGAAGAUAACAGAUACCAUAAGUCACCCCGAAAUUGCUUUUACUGGUGAUACAAUGUCUGACUUCUUACUGGACGAAAGUAACAGUGACGUUCUGAAGGCAAAAGUUCUUGUUAUGGAGGUAAGCUGCUAGCUAGCUCUCAUUAUCCUGAUUUUUCAUACAGUAGUUGGUUGUCAUCUCGGGAGCAUGGAAAGGGAUCAUAUUUUGCGAGUUAGUUAAAAUAGUUGGUUAUCAUGGAAACAUUCUGAAGUAAGAGUAAUAUAUGAUUACCGAUGAACAGUCUAUUCUAAUGUAUCAGGAAAACUUUUCCCUUGAAGUAUUCACAUGAAUCUUGUUCAUAGUACUGGCAGAAGGGCUGACAAUAACAAUCCAUACAUUUACACAACAGUGCACUUUUGUUGAGGACAGGGUAACAGUGGAGCAUGCCCGAGAAUAUGGUCACACCCAUCUGUACGAGAUUAUUAAGCAUGCAGACAAAUUUCAGAACAAGGCAAUCCUUAUGAUCCAUUUUUCAGCUCGUUACACAGUAGAGGAAAUACAAGGAGCCAUGUCAAAACUUGAGGCACCUUUGGCUGGCCGAGUUCAUAUACUCACAGAAGGUUUUUGACAAGACAAGCUGAGAGAGAGGCUUUCACAAGUUUGACCUCUUCACUAUCCCGCCUAUGAUAAGAGACGACCAAUCUGGGACCAAUGAGCUCCCGAAGUUGUCGUGUUUUGUACAGUUUAUGUAAACUGGUGGAGGCUCAAGAGAUUCAGCUUGGACGUUUGCUCUUUCAUCGAAUGCAAGCAACCAUGGUAGUAGCAUUGAAAUGAAUCAAAUUUUGUCCGGAGUUCUUGAGCCGGUGUCAUCAAGUGGAACUCUGGUCAAUUGGAAGAUGCACUCUGUGGGCGAUCUCCUCCAGAAAAGGGUGUUUAGUUGAAACUGAAAGCCUUACCCUUGUGUUCAUAUAUUUGCUCCUCUGCGGCCAAAUUAAAUGUUGAGUUUCCCCUGCCCAGAUGAAUUCGCUUUUCUUGUUGCGGCAUAAUGCUAAUCUGGGUUUGCUCCCACCACCUAGCUUGUUGAUGUUGCUUCCCCAUCUGUGUAGCCCGACAGAUGUACAUUGUUCAUGGGAAACCUCUUUUUUUUUUUUUUUUCUGGAAUGAAUGAUGUUGAAAGGUUUGAGUGGUCCAUUUUCAGUGCAGUUUCCUCUC